AUGCCAGAAGCAUUCAAGAGGAGGCACAGCACACGUGCAUUCACUAAAGCUGAAUUUGAAGACAGCAAGAAGCAUUUUGUUGAAAGUACAGUUGAAAGGAUUAAUUCAGUAGGUAAAAACCUUGGAUACAAGAUUGAACUUGUUGUUACACCACCAGGAUUCGGAAGAAUGAAUAUGCUUGUCAACGAAGCAGGAUGGGUUCUUGCGCGCACCGAGAAGGGAAAUCUCGAUGUAAACCAGACACGUGAGCAGUAUAAAGAGAUUGGAUACAUGUUCGAACGAUGCAUUCUUGAACUGACUCGCAUGGACAUAGCAACAUACUGGUUCGGAGGCUUCAACAGAUCAAAAGCCAUCGAGUACUUUGAGAACAAGUAUGAUGUUGUCAUCGGUUUUGCAUUUGGCGUUGAAGGCGAGGAUCGUUGGGUCGAAUCCGUUGUUAAAUGGUUUGGAUCAUUCAGAGGCGAGAGUGUGUACGAGGAAGAAUUCUUUGACAGAUACGAGUUUCCAAUGAAGAUCGAUAACGUUGGAGAGCGAACUGACAUCUGUCUCGGGCUUCAUAAGAUACCAUGUGUUAUGAAACCUCAUAACUUCAGAAUUUUAUUCCAAGAACCAAAUAUUCAUGUUUUCAUCAACGGAAACGGUGUUGCACUAUUUCCAAAUAAUGGAUGGUUUGAUAUCGGAAUUGUUCUUGGAACUAUUGCAGAAUAG